UAAAGAAGUUUAAGUUUUCUCACGCUUAUCCCAUGCGGAUAGUUCAGCGGGGCUCCUGAAAGUGCUGUAAAACUGAGUUGACUUUAAAACUGUAGUUGGACUGAAAUAGUUUUCUGGGUUUGAUUUCAGCAAGACUGUUUCAUUUUCGACACAGCUGUAAGAGACGAUUCAGUCGCUUUCCUCGAUUCUCCAAGAAGUAGACGUUCUUAUGUGCUUAGCAACCAAACACAGCUUUAUCUCAGAGAUUUUGUCUUGGAAGGUUUUAGGACUCAAAACGGCAAUCUGUGCGACUUGAUCUUCUCAGAUAAAGAGCAACACGUCUCCAUUUCCUUCGUUUAAAGGUGGGUGAAUGCUGACAGGUGGUCUGCCCAUGCCUCAGCCAUAAGCCUGUCCCGCCUGAGCCGCGCCCUCUCCCCCAGGAUGUGUUCCCAUAGGAGGCUGCUGUCCUGGAGCUUGCUGUUCACCUGGGCUGUUUUCUCUCAGCUCCAUCCGGCCCAGACGCUGCCCACCGUUACUGAUCAAGGUGAUGCAGUGGCGUCCUCUGAGGACGAAGAUGAUGAUGAGUCCUCCUCUGAGGAGACCAGAUUGUCCAGUCAGAAGCUCAUGCCGAUGGCGCCUAAAUGGUCGCAGCCAGAGAAGAUGAAGAAGAGGUUGCACGCAGUCCCUGCCAGCAAAACCGUCAAAUUCCGCUGCCAGGCCGAGGGCAACCCGACGCCCACUUUACGCUGGCUCAGGAAUGGGAAGGAGUUCAAACGGGACCAGCGCAUCGGAGGCUUUAAGCGGCGUGAUCACAUGUGGGCCAUUGUGAUGGAGUCUGUCGUGCCGUCAGACAAAGGGAACUACACCUGUGUGGUGGAGAACAAGUACGGCAGCAUCAACCACACCUACCAGUUAGACGUAGUGGAGCGUUCCCCGUUCAGACCGAUUCUGUACGCUGGUUUGCCAGCGAACCGUACGGCAGUAGUGGGGAGCACAGUGGAGUUUGAGUGUAAAGUCUUCAGCGAUCCACAGCCGCACAUCCAGUGGCUGAAGCACAUCCAGGUCAAUGGGAGCAGAGUGGCCCCUGACGGACAGCCCUGGGUCCGCGUCCUUAAGUCUGCCGGCCUCAACACCACAGACAAAGAGAUGGAGGUUCUACAGCUGAAGAACGUGUCUUUUGAGGAUGCUGGGGAGUACACUUGUGUGGCGGGAAACUCUAUUGGGAUGUCCAGACAAACGGCAUGGCUAACCGUCGUCAAAGCCAUGCCCCCCACAGCCGUGCCCAGUCAGACCUACCUGGAGGUUGGCAUCUACUGCGUGGGCUUCAUCCUCAUCUCCCUCAUGGUGGGCAUCGCCACGAUUUUCAAGAUUCACAAAUCUUCUAAGAAGAGCGAGUUUGACGGACAGAUGGCGGUCCAUAAGUUAGCCAAGAGCAUCCCCCUCCACAGACAGGUGUCCGUCGAUUCCGGCUCCUCUCUGAACUCGGGAGCGAUGCUCGUGCGACCCUUUCGCCUGUCGUCCAGCGGCACGCCCGUGCUGUCUGGGGUGUCUGAGUACGAGUUCCCCCAGGACCCCCGCUGGGAGCUGCCCCGAGACAGGCUGGUACUGGGAAAGCCACUGGGAGAGGGCUGUUUCGGCCAGGUUGUGAUGGGUGAAGCCUUAGGUCUGGACAAAGACAAACCCCACAAAGUGACUGAAGUUGCAGUGAAGAUGCUGAAAUCUGACGCGACAGAGAAGGACCUGUCUGACCUGAUCUCUGAGAUGGAGAUGAUGAAGAUCAUUGGGAAGCACAGAAACAUUAUAAACCUGCUGGGGGCCUGCACUCAGGACGGCCCUCUAUACGUGAUUGUGGAGUUUGCUGCCAAGGGCAACCUGAGAGAGUACUUGCGCACUCAUCGUCCUGCUGGUAUGGAAUACUGCUAUAACUCUGACCACGUCACCAUGGAGACCAUUUCCACCACAGACCUGGUAUCCUUUGCCUACCAGGUGGCCCGGGGCAUGGAAUACCUUGCCUCCAAAAAGUGUAUCCACAGAGAUCUCGCCGCCCGGAAUGUUCUGGUAACAGAGGACAGUGUCAUGAAGAUUGCUGACUUUGGCCUCGCUCGAGACAUCCACCACAUAGAUUACUACAAAAAGACUACGAACGGUCGUCUGCCCGUGAAAUGGAUGGCUCCAGAGGCACUGUUUGACAGAAUUUACACACACCAGAGUGACGUGUGGUCCUUCGGAGUGCUGCUUUGGGAGAUCUUUACUCUGGGCGGCUCGCCGUACCCAGGCGUCCCCGUGGAGGAGCUCUUCAAACUGCUGAGGGAGGGACAUCGGAUGGACAGGCCCGCCUCCUGCUCUGAGGAGCUGUAUUGUAUAAUGAGAGAGUGCUGGAAUGCGGUACCCACACACAGACCCACCUUUACACAACUUGUUGAAAAGCUGGACCGCAUGCUGUCUGUUAUGUCCAAUCAGGAGUAUUUGGACCUGGCGGAACCUCUGGGCCCAUACUCUCAGGUUUCCAUGGAUACACACGGCUCAGCGUGCACCUUGGAGGCCGACUCUGUCUUCUCCCACGACCACGACAGCGGAGCGGGACAGCCUCGUCUCCCUCCCCUUCCCUGUCACCACAACAGCCGCACGUUCAGAAAAUGCUAGAGCCCCCCCCCCCUUCCAGUCUCCGCAUGCAGUUUCCAAACGCAUCCCCCCCAAACCCUCCUCCUGUUCUCCCCCAAAACUGUUUUCUGCCUCCUGUUCUCCCCCAACACUGCCUCCUGUUCUCCCCCAACACUGCCUCCUGUUCUCCCCCAACACUGCCUCCUGUUCUCCCCUAAAACUGCCUCCUGUUCUCCCCUAAAACUGCCUCCUGUUCUCCCCCAACACUGCCUCCUGUUCUCCCCUAAAACUGCCUCCUGUUCUCCACUCUAAACAGACUCAGACCAUGAACCCUGGCCCGGGCCUGGGCACGUAUAUCACACAGAGAGAGAGAGAGAGAGAGACGGGCAGAGAGAGAGACGGGCAGAGAGAGAGACAGGCAGUCCUGCUGUAGACAGCGACCUGACCAGGCACAGAUUUUCACUGUGUCAUGAGAACACAGGGCAUCUGACUGAGUUAAAAGCUGUGUUUGCCUCACCAUCCUCAUACAGUCCUGAAUCACACGGUUCCUCCAUCAGACAGAAGAGGAGGAGGAAACAGGAACAGGAAACAGGAACUUGACACUCUCUGGGCUCCUCAGGACUCAGAAAUCAAAUGUUCUUCUCUAUUUACUGUGUCCAAACAAUCCUAUA